AUGCAACAAAAUGGCGCCAACAACUCUCAGCCUGCUGGAGUUUCAAAUUUUACUGAGGCAAGUCCAGCGAGUAGUAAUAAUAACAAUGCAACAUCACCUUUACCUCCUCCAAGGAAAUUAACGGAGGCUUCUUCAUCGGCCUCAAUUACAUCAGCAAGAGGAGCCAAUCAAUAUUCAGAGGUCGGAAGCACUUUGGGCACUUCUAAAGAUUACAGCUCUUUGGCAGCUUUUAAUUCGUUUUUGAAUAAUUCAGUAUUUCCAAUUGAGGAUUUACAUAAUGUAUCACAAGCAUGGAAGCCUCCUGAAAAGAAUAAUAUACCAGUGUCAUCGAAUCAAAAAGGGUCUUCGGUUUUUUCAAGAUUUACGAAAAGAGUGAAUGUACGAUUUAAGGGUAAAACGUUCUUAGAAAUGCCAUCGUAUCCUUUUGUAAAUAGUGAUAAUGAAGCAGAACCGAUUUCUUCCAAAUCUCCGACUAAUGCAGGAACAAGAUCGAAACCAUCGUCUGCCUCAGGAAAAAGACCAAAUUCCUCAUCCAAAAAAACCCAGCAGCCGAAUAACAAUACAACAACAAGUUCCAAUACUUCACAAUUAGAGGAUGACAACAUUCCAAAACUUUGGGAACAUCGUUUUGUUUAUUUCCUUGUCAGCAAUUAUCAAGGAAAUACUGGGCAAACAGAGAUGCAUCAUACAUUGAUUGAAUCUCAGGAUUUUUUAAUCGAAAAGGAACACUGUAUUGUUUUUGAAACGCUGCAGGAUUUGGUGUACUAUGAAUCAAGCCCUUUUAUUUCGUUUUUAAUAAGGAGAGAGUUUGACCCAUCUCUUCCUGCCUCGUCUGUGGCAGAAAAAAAGAAAAAUGGCCAAACAAACACCCAAAAGAAAGAUGCUGCUGCAAAGAAGGACAAUGCUCCUCCCCCUCCUGGAUUACCAACACCAUCAACAACAAAAAAGAUACAAACAGCUAUCAGUGCUGCCACAUCUAUCAAUCAAGAUGAGCUUAUAGAGUCCAUGGUCCAUGAUAUCAAGAGUUCUUUCGGAAGUAAUUGCGAAAUUUUGCAUACAUUCAAAACGUGUACAAUGCCACUUUUUGUGAAUGACAAAUUCGGUUUCACAAAAGCAAAGUAUGAACAAAAACAAAGCAUCAAGUACAAGAAUUGGAGUUCACUUCUUUGUAAAUCAGACAACACGCUGAAUAUCGCUGCACCGACAUUGCUCAUGGAUGACUCUUUCAAAUCCGAAACUCCUUCAUCCUCUCGUUUUAGCAUAACUCAGCUUCCAAACACAAAUGAAACGAGUGAAAUACUAAAUCACAUUAAUGUAAGAAUAGAAGUUGCUGAAGGUACGAGCAUCCUUUCAGAAGAGGUUCAGAACAAGCUCAACCCAGUUCUAAUUUCCAUUUCCUCACUCAAAGACCUUCCCAAUGAGAAAUAUCUUGCAGAAAGAUGUAAACCCGUUUCUCUAUCAUUUAACAUUCGUGGUAAAACAUUCAGGACGAAUGGAUACGAGCAUGCGUCUUUCAUUUCACUGAAUUACAAGAGAAUUAUAUACUUGGGAAGCAAUUCUGAAAUGGAAAUGUAUAGAGAAUAUUUUUCAAGAAUUCCUAUCGUAUUCGAAGUACAUGACAGAGAUCCAAAAGAAGGAGUUGGUAAAUUCUUUGGAAAAGCAGAGGUAUCUUUGAAAACAAUGAUCCUUAACUCACGAGGUAGAGAGGUCUCUGACAAUUUUCAAAUUCAAGGCGUCUGUAUGCUUCAAGACGAGUAUGAAAAAGCUGUUAAACGUCUCGAAGAGGAAAAGAAACGAGUCCAGGCAAUAGAGGAAGAAAAGAAAGCGAAGGCAUCCUCAAAAAGUCCAAAGAACAAAAAUUCCAAAACCAAUUUGUUGGAAUCACCCAAGGUCGCUUUAGCGUCCGCAAAUACGAAGUGUUUCAAGUUGAGUACACUGUUUUCGAAGGAAAAUAUGUAG